AUGGACACUAACAACGCUGUUUACAGGUUUUUCUCCAUACAAGAAGAGCAGAUGUUUCGUCGAACUAGUCACCAUUGCAUGAAGUAUGCAAACCUUGAGCUCACGACUCGAGGUGAAUUUCCUCACGGAAUGAAAGAGCCUGGCUUUGUGAAGAAGCUUGAUAAGAACAUUCCUUGGUAUUUCUCGACGUACCGCUCUAUGUAUCACUGGCCUGUCGUAGGUGACAACUGGAGUGAUUUGAACGAGGCGGACAAGCACCACGACCUGCACAUGUACUACACACUUGCGUGGUGGAAGCUCGGAGAGGGCAUUUUUGAUGCGGACGACGAGGAUAAGUGA